AUGUUCACACCGGCAGAACCUCCAUACACUGCGGCGCAGCAGGAUGCAUCCUUUGUUGUGCCUGCUGCUAAGGAUGUUUGGGGAAAGGUUCCACCACCCCCUGGCUUCACUGUCCCCUGGAGACACGCUGUUCCUUCUACCGGUUUUCAGAAGCCUUUCACCUUGACUGGUUCACCGCCUAUUCCCAGUGAUCGCCAGCGUGAGUACCUGAAAAUGGCGUUUCCAGUAGCCGCGCCUUCUGGGGAAACCUUUACGUCUCUCCACCGUAAUCGUGCGUUCCACCAAUUACCCCCUAGAGCUUUUUUCACCGCCCCCCCAUCUCCUCGGCGUACUCAUGGGCCGGUGUUCCAAAUUCCGGCGCCUGCCUUCCAUAGGCCCAUUUCACCAACAGCACAGCAUAUGCGUGAACCUUCCCAUCUGUGGUCUGUAGGUGGGCGACAGACAAGCACCUCGCACGUUGUUGCCAGUGCAGACUCUUCGCAUAUUGAGGGUGAGGGUGCCCAUGGAGGCACUUCGUCGCAGUCCAUGCUCGAGGCGGGAGAUUUAUAUCCUAUCGCACGUCUGACAGCUGCAACAUUUCCAGUGGCAGGGCGUCUUGGGCCUGUAGGGGCUCAGCGGGCACGCUGCGGGGAGCAAGUAUGGUUCCCUAUUCCUCCUCGUCACCCAGCACCUCCCCAUGGGGCCGGCUGGGAAACGUUUCCUGUGGAGGGACGUAGCAUGCCGCUCUCUUCAUGUAGCCAGGGAGCCUCCUCAGCAGCUGAGGCUACCCCGCAGACCCGGAUGGAGGAGUCUCGAGUUGCAUGCAAAGAUGAAACACGCAGAACAGCUUUUUUCUUUGGAUUUGGUACAGAGCUGAUAGGUUCCCAGCAUUGA